AUGCCUUGUAACCACAAAGGCAUACCAUCAAACAUACCCUUCGCCCCCAUAUUCCUCGGCCGCACUACCCUACAUGAAGGAGUGCUGAAGCUGAAGUGCAGGGACGAUGAGACACUGGCCUGGCUGAAAGGGAUCGUCCCGACGUUCAAAGCCCCGAGGGAAGGUUUUUGCCUCACCCUCAUCGAACAACGUCAGCUAAGGCCCAAAGUCAAAGCCGCCUUAUACGUACCCGACUACCAAGGGGACGCAGACUUCCUACACAAGAUAUUAAUGAGCCAAAACAGAUACACAUACGCUGUCAGCUCAUGGCAGCUUAUACACUAUGAUGUCUCUAAAGGAGAUCGUCCUGGGAUGCUCCUAUAUCUAGGAAUACCCAGAGACGAAAUACCAAAACUCCUCGCAGAGGGCCGGAGGGUUGCAUACUCCCACGGGUCCAUAUACAUCCGGUUCUUCACGCCUGAAGGACUCAGCGAUGUACCACCGGAGGAGGAACCUAAAACGGUCGAUGACAAUAAGCCCACAGACAUGGAGACGGACAAACACACCGACAGACCUCACACUGUAGCUUCAAACACACCGACAGACUUACAGACUGACAAACCCUCCCAAACAGACACAUUACCAAAACCUACACAAACAGACGGUACAGACGGACGCCAAGCAUCCCCACUCCCGACCGACAGACAAAUCCCCAAACUGACAGACGAACCAGAUGGAUCCACCCUGACGACAAACACACACAUGGAUAAAGUCAUCAACCCUCAAAACACACACCCUGCCAGCACUCCCCAGGACAUGGAAGAGGUGUUGACGCCUUUAUCACAGGUGUCCGCCUCACCAGUGUCUUGGGAAGCACUGGUGGAGUCGGAU